AUGACACCCAAGCAUAUCUCGCACGUGGGUGUGCCCAAGGGAUUUCAGACGAUUGAGCGGCAUUUGGAUGAGGGGCUUGAGAACGAGACUGAGGAAACAUUGAAUCUACGAAUCAAGGCAGACAUUGUAGUAAUGUGCCAGGAUCGAGGUUUGCCCACAGAUGGAGAAAAGAAGGACCUGAUCAAGCGUUUGUUGAACUGGCAAAAUACAAAACCGGUUCCAGGACCAUCAACUCCUACGCUUUGUUGUCCUGACCCCCCUGCAAUUGUGAAAAAGCUACCAAUCAACACAAUCUAUCUCAAUUCCUUAUUAAUGGACGCUAAUUUUCAAGGUGAAAUUACUUUUGACCAGCUCCAGAUUGGUCGCAAAUUGGGCUCAGGCGGCUUUAAAGACUGCUAUGCAGGGAAAUAUAUGGGUGAGGAUGUGGCGAUCGGAGAGUUGCGUGUUCAAAACUUUACAGAGCUCGACAUCAUGGAAAUGAAGCACGAAAUCGAUGUUCUCAAGCAACUGCGGCACGAAAACGUCGUCCGUUUUGUAGGUGUUUGCACAAACGUGCGACAUCUUUGCAUUGUGACAGAGCUCUGCGAGCAUGGAGACUUGUAUGAUUAUAUGCGCAGGACCAAAAAACCUUCAUUUGGACGCAUGAUUAUGUAUAUGCACGACAUUGCUCUUGCAUGCUCAUAUCUCCACACACGUCGCCCUAGCAUCAUUCAUAGAGACUUGAAAUCCAUGAAUAUCUUGAUCUCAUCAGAUGAUCGAGCUAAGAUUAAUGAUUUUGGUCUAGCACGUAUCCGACCUCGUCCUAAUGCAUCAAUGCAUACACAAUGUGGAACACCCAAUUGGCAAGCACCCGAGUUUUGGACGUCUAAACCACGAUACACUGAAAAAGUAGAUGUUUAUGCCUGUGGAUUGAUCUUCUGGGAGAUCUUGUCUUGGGCCGAAUUAGGUUAUCCCUAUCACAACUUGACAGAGCAUCAGUUGUAUGAAGCUGUCAGGGAUAAGGAGGUUAGACCACCUUUAGAUCGGUUGCGAAAGUAUCCUCAAUCACUUUUGAUAUUGAUCCAGGAUAUGUGGCGUAAGGACCCAAGGAGGAGACCUAGUAUGUCUUAUGUGGUUGAUCGUUUGGCAGAAUAUCUCCAAUAG